AUGAUUUUCAGUGAUGGCCCAAAUGUAAUUUCAACAGAAAGGGAAUUUAACAUGAAUCUGGGCUUAUUGAGGCACGAGGGUCGAUGCCAAAUUGAGGGUAUCACUAACUGGUUGAUACAAGUCGAAGAAAGUGUUAUAGAUACUCAAAUCGGCGCAUUUUUCGAUAGAAGUACAAGUAACAUUCAAAGUAUAACCAACGUAUUAUACCGCGAUGGACUCAACCGGGGUCCUUAUAUUGAUGUGGAGCUUCGGGAUUCACGUCUUAUAGUCAGCACUAAUGAUAAUUUCAAAGAGUAUGAGGAAUAUGAAACCUUGCGUAGUAUGGGCGUUACCGUCUCCUUUAGUUGUACUGGAUCAUCACCAUCAGUAUCUCUGGUUAUGAUUAUACAUAUCAUUGACACGAAUAACAAUGCUCCAAGAUUCAUACCGACGGACAAUUACGAAUUUUUUGUGAUACCGCCCUUGCCACCAGGCUUCACUGUAACGGGAUGCGAUGACCUAAUAACAGCUCGAGACAUAGAUCUCACAACACAAAGGGUCGACUUUGCGAUCGAAGAUAAUCCAUACUUCGAAAUAUUUUAUGAUACAACUUCAUCAACUCCGAAAGAAUUUAACGCGGUUUUGAGAGCGAAAGCGUUGAUACGAACAAUACCGGAAUCUCUUAAUUUUACUAUUACUGCAACGGAUGUUGAUGAGACCGGCGAUCCACCGCUAAGCCAAACAGCAACAGUUCGAAUCACAGCCAAUGAACAAUUCCUUUUGCCUGAUGAAUUAAUAUUUUCAAGAACAUUUUAUAUCAUUCAUUACACGUCUGAGCAUACGUUAAAAAGCGAAGAUAGAAUUUAUUUAACGCAAGGAUAUGACGAUGAAGUGAAAUUUACUUUUGACGGACAGCACUCAAACUAUUUCAACUUGAAGAACACUGGAAAUGAAAUAACGUUUGAAGUUAAGUCACAACUGCCGGCAGACAUUUUACGAGAGAACCAAAUAUAUCUUAUUGUUAGAGGGGAUAGAGAACAUACAACCGGAACUUCUGCUACUGUUAUAAUACAGCUUCCAACCGAUACACCAAUUGAACAGGAUGCGACUUUCGAUAAGUUAUUGUAUAUGGGACGUUUAGAAGAAAAUGUGGUUACUCACGAGGCUAUAACGAUACAUGAAUAUAGUGGAGAUAUAUCAGUGUCCGGAGAAUAUGGAGACUACUUCACCGCAUCUAUAUCCAAUGGAGCAGUGUUAGUUCAGAUAAAAUCCACUAUUCCAACUACCAAUGUAAACUACAUUGCCUUAAAGCUCAUCGCAUCUCAUGCUAGCGCCGUACUUAUUUUGGAUAUUGCCAAGCCAGACACACCAAUAGAACCAGAUACAGCUUUUGAUAAAGUAUUGUACAUGGGACGUGUAGAACAGAAUGUAGUAACUCACGAGGCAAUAAUGAUAAAUGAAUAUAGUGGAGACAUAACAGUGUCAGGAGAUUAUGCAGACUUCUUCAUCGCAUCUCUAUCAAAUGGAGCAGUCACAGUUCAGGCAACAACUACGAUUCCAACCACCAAUCAAAACUACAUCGCCCUAACGCUCGUAGCAUCGCGUUCUACAGCUGUACUUAUUUUGGAUAUUAUUCAAUCUGAGUCCCCUGUUCCGCCAUCGGUGUCCUUUAGCUCACCCUCGUAUAUUGUGCGGACAGACGAAGCUCAUACAGGAUUAAUAGGUCGAGUGGCUGCCACUGCUGACAAUGGGGAAGCUGUCACAUAUUCACUGGAGAUACAGAAUGCACAUUUACAGGAGCGUCUCUUUAUCAAUGACAAUGGUGAGAUCCAUUCUUCGGCGCCAGUAGAUGUCGGAACCUAUUCGUUCCUCGCUGUAGCAACUACAGUCAUAACCCGGAUUUCUGCUACUGCAAUAAUUCAGUUAACAGUCGAAGCCUCAGUCGUGUGUAACGAUACAAUAACCUUACCCCCAUUGCUAAUUAUCGAACGUUACGAAGAAGAGCCUCACUCGAACUUGGUGCCCCUCGAAGCGUAUCCCAACUGCCAGUAUCAACUCGCAAACAAAUGGCCAAUAGACCAAACAUGGAUAUACGUUGACCAAAAUGGUUUACACACCCGUUCCAUAGACAGGGAACAUGAAUCAAUUGCCUUUAUGCACUUAUCGCAAGUUCAAGUUGAAUUAAAUUUACACUGUGACAACGAACUGAGGAGUAAACGGUCGUUAAGCACAGAUGUCGAAAAUGACCCCAAAUCUUACGACUUCGGACCAAAUAAUUGGAUAUUAACUGAGAGUAUCCAGUAUAAUCCGAGGCGAUCAUUGGUGAACCUUAUAGUUCUGGAUAUCAAUGACAAUGCUCCAAUAUUUGUAGGGAAGGAAAAUGAGCCGAUAACAGUUGGGUAUCCUCGGGGAAGUAUAGAAGAAGUCAUUCUCCCUAGAGCACUCGCUGAAUUAAAAGCAACCGACGCAGACAUAGGCGAAAAUGCCGAGUUGCGAUACUGGAGUUCAGAUAACAAUAUAGCUGUGGCUCCAACAACCGGCUCUGUACACGUACGAAACCUUGCAGCCCUUGGUGACAACACACGUAUCGUUGUUAAAGCUACCGAUAGAAACGGUAGCGGACUUACUGGCUCUAUUGAACUUUCGGUGAAAUUAUUAGAUACAAAUCACAUAGCAGUUGUAUCUGUUCGGAAUGCUUUUGUUAAUGAUGAGAAGAAAAUAUUAGAUGAUUUGAGUUCUGCUGUAGGAUAUGAAAUUAAAGCUCUCAAAUCAACUGUUGUAUCUGAAAGAACUGAGGGGAGCACUAGAUAUAUUGGUUAUGAGCGUAUAUCGCAAGUGAUCAAAGAAACAUCGAGAAAACGACGUGAAAUUGAUGCAACGGGAGCUCUACUCAGUCUUUAUAUUUAUGGUCUAAGGAACAGUCAACUUAUUGAUGUCACGCAAUUAACUAGAUAUGUGUAUAAUUGCAGAGAUCUCAAUAACAAUAAUGUGGUAACGGUCAGCCUAGCGCAAGUAUUAUCGCUCGAAGAUUAUCUUGAAGGUCUCCAGAUAUGUCCUGUACCUGAACGUGAGACAGGCUUGUUGGCGGCCACCAUAGUACUCGCCGUCGCACUGUUUAUCAUCAUAGUCGCUAUUGCUGUAUUGGGUUACCUGAAAUGGAGAAAGAUUCCAACUUAUGACCACUUUAGCGAUCAAAGUAGUUUGGCUUCUCGACAUGAGUCUAUUGCAGUUGAGAAACCGGAUUUUAUUAAAAUACCGGACGACAAUAUUCAAGUUGAAAAACCUGAUUUUAUUACAAUACCGGAAGACAAUAUUCAAGUAGAGAAACCUGAUUUUAUUACAAUAUCGCAAAACAAUAUAGAUGAAAUGAAACGAACGGAGAGAAGCCUGGAAGAGCUACUUGAUACACCCCAAAAAGAAAUUAAUGAAGUCAUUGUGGAACCAGUGCCCGCAGAAGAGAAGGAGUCUCCUAAAAUGGUUUCUUAUGAACUUCCAAACGACACAAUUGUAAAUAUAUCUACGACGAAUCCUACAGGUCCCAUUGUCAUCCAAUCUAUUGAUAAAUUAAAAGAUAAUGUUGAUGAAUCAGAAGAUGAUGAUGAGUUUGGAGAAAAGCAGCGUGCAAGACGUAAAUCCGUAGUAACUUUUAAUGAAAACGUGGAAAAAAUUAUUCAUUUAGAAGACCGAACCGAUGACGAAUCGGAAUCCGAAAUGGAAGUGUAUGAAUUUUAACGAGUAGGUGUACUUGUA